AUGGACGGACAUGGCGAGGCAGCUGGCUUUGCCGAGACGGAGACGGUGCGACAGUUUAGGCUCAUCUCUGCGGAUCUUCCUUUGAAGAUCGAUAAGGACGCUCUGGCGUUGGACACGAAGGACGAGCUGCUGCCCUCCCUGGUGUAUGCGGAGGACCUGUUGUCAGGUCCCGCACAUGGCCUGGGGAGGCAGAGGAGCCUGUUGGCAGGCGACUCCAGCAAGCAGGAGGUAAGUCCGGAGCCCAUGCGCGUCAAGAUGAUGGAGGAAAGGGAGGCAGAAGUAGACGACGUGGAUCUAGCAGGG